CACCAUCACACACGCACUGAACGUUUACGCACGCCUAGAUAAUGUGCUGCUGUACAUCUCCCGCCGUGAGCUCCAUGUCAUAAACAAGAAAAACACAGUUGCACUUUUUGCAGAAUCGGGGGGAAGAAGAGAGUAAAGAAACAGCGCAGCGAUGGCAUCGGAAGGGGGACCCUCCGGUCUGGCCCUGAGACUGUCCGAGAUGGGCGAGAAGACCCGUGAGUUCGGUGGAGCCAUCACGGACCCGCAGAAGCAGAGACGGAUCAUGCUGGUGAUCGUGUGCGUGGCUCUGCUGCUGGACAACAUGCUCUACAUGGUCAUCGUGCCGAUUAUUCCCGAUUACCUGGCGGACCUUGAGAGCGAGCAGUCGGCGCACGUGCACCUGGUCCUGCACCCCAACUCCACGUUCAACAGCACCGGCCAACCCAAGAGCAACAGGGACAAUCUCGACGUCCAGAUCGGAGUACUGUUCGCCUCCAAAGCCAUUGUACAGCUCCUGGUCAACCCCCUGUCGGGAACUUUUAUAGACCGGGUCGGAUACGACAUUCCCCUUUUAAUCGGACUAACUAUCAUGUUCGUGUCCACGUGCAUAUUCGCCUUUGCCGAGAAUUAUGCCACUCUAUUCGCGGCGCGAAGUUUACAGGGUCUGGGGUCGGCGUUCGCCGACACGUCGGGCAUCGCGAUGAUCGCCGACAAGUACACGGAGGAGGGGGAGCGCAGGAAGGCGCUGGGCAUCGCGCUGGCCUUCAUCUCCUUCGGCAGCCUGGUAGCGCCGCCCUUCGGGGGCAUCCUGUACGAGUUCGCCGGCAAACGGGUGCCGUUCAUCGUGCUGGCCGUGGUCUGCCUGGCGGACGGCUUGCUGCUGCUCACCGUCGUCAAGCCCUUCUCCAACCGCACCCGGGAGAACAUGCCGGUUGGGACGCCCAUCUACCGGCUCAUGAUCGACCCCUACAUCGCCGUGGUUGCUGGGGCGCUGACCGUGUGCAACAUCCCGCUGGCCUUCCUGGAGCCCACCAUCGCCAACUGGAUGGAGAGUACCAUGCACUCCACCAAGUGGGAGAUGGGGCUGACCUGGCUGCCGGCCUUCUUCCCCCACGUCCUGGGUGUGUACAUCACCGUGAAGCUGGCCGCCAAGCACCCGCACCUGCAGUGGUUCUACGGGGCGGUGGGGAUGGUCAUUAUAGGGGCCAGCUCCUGCGUGGUGCCCGCGUGUAAAACUUUCGGCCAGUUGAUUGCGCCCCUGUGCGGCAUAUGCUUCGGCAUCGCCUUGGUAGACACCGCUCUUUUACCGACGCUGGCCUUUCUGGUCGACGUCCGCUACGUUUCCGUGUACGGUAGUAUCUACGCCAUCGCGGACAUCUCCUACUCCGUGGCGUACGCCAUGGGGCCCAUCGUGGCCGGGCAGAUAGUGCACAAUCUAGGUUUUGCGCAACUCAAUCUGUGCAUGGGUCUUGUGAACGUGCUUUACGCACCGGCCUUACUGUUGCUCUGCAACGUGUGCCAAAUGAAACCGUCCCACUCGGAGAGGGAUAACCUGUUGGAAGAGGCUCCGCAGGGUCUGUACGACACUAUUAAAAUGGAGGAGAGGAAAGGUAAAAAGAAGGGCUAUAGUUCAUCAGGUAAAUGCCUGGCGGUCGACGAGAACGGGUUCGACCCGUUCAGGGCACAGAGGUCGUACUCGGAGGAGUCCUCAGAGUACACUUAGUCGGUCCAACGGGCUCGUAGAUCCUCCGAAACGUUCAGUUGGAGAGAUAGGAGGCGAG